CGAAGUGCAUCUCCCUGAGCGCGUACUGCGCCAAUUUGGGAUGGUACAGGGCAUCCCGCCUCCAUGCGACACAGAAGCGGAGCUCCACCACUCUCGUAAGGGUCGGGAUCCCAAGAACUGGCUAGAGGUGAACUGGCGGCAUGUCGCUCGUUGGGAGCACAGGCUAGAUCUGCUUGCCCAAGGUGCGCCGAUCGAGGCUGCAGGCGCACCUACUACGGCGGAUUACAUGCCGUGGUUCCUCUCCAUUACUCGCCGAUGGAUGACACCACGAGGUAUCUUGGCGGCAUCCCAGUACAAUCCCGCAGCACCGACGAUGACACACUUUGCACAGGGCAUUGCAUCAGUCAUCGGCUCCUCCCAAGAGGAGCCCGUACGGGAGAUUGCCCAAGGCACGCAGUUUCAACACUUCAUUCCGGAAGUAACUGCGCCCCACACCACUACGUACGCGUACGAGUCAUCUGCUCAUCAACCCGACGUUCAUCUUGAGGAGGUUGACUUAACGUGUCCGGACUACGGUGUCGGGUCCUCACAGGGUGCCACAUCAUCAAACUAUCAAUCCCCUCCCCUACCCGAGCGUCAUGCGACUGCAUCUUACUAUCGUAGAAGGCGUCGUAAACCGUCACAAUUAGACAGGGUACAGGAGGAGGAUUAGCAUUACAAUAGUUUUGUAAUUAUUGAACAUUUGUACAUACUCAUUUGUAACUGUUGGUCUUUUGUGUGUAAAUUGUAACAUAUAUGUACAUGUAUAUAUUUUUACCGUAGUAUCACACGUUUAUUAUGAGUGAAUUGAUGUUAACUACUCAAACUUUUGGGCGAUGAAUCAUUCCGCGAACAAUGCA